CAACCGCGGACGGACCUCUCAACCAAGCUUGCGUGGGCGGAGACUCCCGCCUUCUAGCCCCGCCCCGAGGGGCUCGACUCCGCCCAUCAGGCCAGCUUCUAGCGGGCGAUUGGAGGCGAUGGCUGCUCUUCAAAACCCUACAGCGGGUUUGGUUGUAACUAGGAAGGCACUAGCAGGUUGGCGUCUAGGUCUGCGAGUUUGCUGGAAGUUGUUCCUCGCAGGGACUAGCGUUUCCCCGCGGUGACAGCGGCGUGGUCUCCGGUGAGUUCUGCUGCGCGGCUGGGCCCGGGGCCGAGGCUGGGGGAGCCGCGGGGCCCUCGGGAUCUCGGUGAAGGCUUCCCGCAGGGCUGACGCCCGCGCCCGGGUCGCGCUCGGGACGGCAGCGUCCUGCGCCCGCUCGGCUCCUCCGAGCGCCCGGCCAGAAGUGACGUCCGGGAGCCGCUCGUCUCUCCGGAGACCCUCCCGGGCCGCUGGGUCACAGUGGGCUCUGUGCACGCGUGCUGACGCCGGCAGCCGCGGCCGGCACCCGCGCUCCCCGCGCUUCCCGGGCUCCGGCUCCCGGUCCCGUCGUGGUGCCGGGGGACGCCAGCCUGGGCUCCGCGUUAUGGGCUGGAGUCUGAUUCAAGCUGCAUUUCACUGCGUACCUUCGUACUGAGCACGUGUACAUGCGCUCCCUAGAUGGGGACUGCCUUCAACUGAGUAGGAGAUUGAAGCUGAAGCCAUAGGAAAAGCAUAUGACACACAGUCUGAAGGUGCCAAGCAGGGACUGUCUUCCUGGAGGACCGGGGCCGGGAAGAGGGAGACAUCUGCAUCGGAGAGGAGGCUGCCUUGUUGGAAGAGGACCAUGUCGCUGGACUUCGGCAGUGUGGCGCUGCAGACACAGAACGAGGAAGAGGACUACGACAAAGAGGACUAUGAACGCGAGAAGGAGACCACAUCCUUCGGAGCAGUUGGGGGUGAACUGGAGUAAGCCGCAGGUGCUGCCCAGGUCUCCAAGCGCGAAUGCUUACGCUGGAGAGGCGUGUGGCAAUGGCUGGGGAGAAAAUCGAAGCAGAGCCGAGGACCGACACCCCGGGUUCCACCCCGAAGAGGCCGGAGAUGAAGGCGGAAGUGGCUAUAGUCCCCCGGGCACAGGUGGACAGGCCGAUUUGUAUCAUGUGCCGGAGCACCUCCGGCCCUACCCCAGUGGUCCGAAGCAGGAGUUCAAUACCCAGCCAGCCAGUGUCAUUCAAUUUUCAGAUCCUCCAAGGAACCAUUUUCAGCAAUUUGGUUCAACACAAGGUCCCAGUGGUCAAGGUUUGGAGCCAUAUAAAGUGACAUACAAACCUUAUCAACCUUCUGUCCAGAAAUGUAGCUCGCCAACCCAGGAGGUAGUGGGAAGUGACUCAUUUGAAGGCCUGCAACAACAAUUUUUAGGAGCUAAUGAAAACUGUGCAGAGAAUGUGCAGAUUGUCCAACUUCGGGUUCUUAACAAAGCAAAAGAGAGACAACUGGACAACUUGGCUGAGAAGUUAAAUGAAAGUGAACGUCAGAUUCGGUAUCUGAACCACCAGCUUCUGAUAGUCAAAGAUGAGAAAGAUGGUUUGACCCUCAGCCUUCGAGAAUCACAGAAGCUCUUUCAGGAUGGGAAAGAAAGGGAGAUACAGCUUGAAGCGCAAAUAACAGCCCUGGAGACCCAAAUACAAGCAUUAAAGGUCAACGAAGAAAAGAUGCUCAAGAAGUCCCGGACGACCGAGAUGGCUCUGGAGAGCUUGAAGCAGCAACUGGUGGACCUUCGUCACUCCGAGUCCCUGCAGCGGGCCAGAGAGCAGCACGAGAGCGUUGUUGUGGGCCUCACAAAGAAGUACGAGGAUCAGGUGUCGGCCUUACAGGAGAGCUUGGACGCCACAGUCGCGGCCCUUCAGGAACAGGAAGACGUCUGUUCUCGUUUAAAAGAUCACGUGAAACAGCUGGAAAGGAAUCAAGAAGCCACCAGAGUGGAGAAGACCGAGGUCAUCAGCAGGCUGUCGCGGAGCCUGGAGGAGACACAGAAGCAGUGCGUGCACCUGCUGCAGUCAGGCUCCAUCCAGGAGGUGGCGCAGUUGCGGCUCCAGCUGCAGCAGGCACAGAAGGCGCAUGCGCUGAGUGAAAACAUGAACAAGGCCCUGCAGGAGGAAUUAACAGAACUAAAAGAUGAAAUUGCUCUCUAUGAAUCUGCUGCAAAGCUAGGAAUACUUCCAAGUGACUCCGAAGGAGAAUUAAAUGUAGAACUCACCGAAUCAUAUGUGGAUUUGGGUAUUAAAAAAGUCAACUGGAAAAAAUCCAAAGUGAACAGCGCUGUGCAGCAGGAAGACCCGAAUGAGGACCUUUCGAAGGACGAGGUCAUCCUGAGGCUGAAGGCAGAUGUGCAACGUUUGCUGGACAGCAACUCGGCAAAGCGUCACCUGGUGUCUCAGUUACAGAGUGACCUCAGAGCCUGUCGCCAGAACAUUGAGGAUCUCCAGCAAGCGAAGACGGAUGGCAGGAGCAUGGAGCUAGAGGUGAAAAUCGGCACCUCAGAAAAACCCAUGACUCCAUUAUGGCCAGACUCUUCUUCCUCCGAUGGCAUCGCCCAAGGUGAUGCUCUACAACUUAGAAAUGAAAUUCAAGUUUUGCAACAACAAAAUCAGGAACUUAAGGAAGCCGAAGAAAAGCUGAGAAAUACAAAUCAGGAUUUAUGUAAUCAAAUGAGACAAAUGGUACAGGAUUUUGACCGUGAUAAACAGGAAGUUGUGGAUAGGUGUGAGCGGACUUACCACCAGCACCACGAGGCCAUGAAAGCCCAAAUCCGAGAGAGCCUGUUAGCGAAGCACACUUUGGAGAAGCAGCAGCUGUUCGAGGCCUACGAGGGGACUACCUCACAGCUCCGGUCUGACCUGGAUAAGACGAACAAGGAGCUGGUUGCCGUGCAGGAGUGUUACCUGCAGGUGUGCAGGGAGAAGGACAAUCUCGAAGCAGCUCUCAGGAAGACCGUCGAGAAGGAGCAGGAGGCCCAGGAGCAGAAGAGACAGCUGUUGGAAGAAAAAGAAGGACAUAUAAGCAGCCUUCAGUUGGAACUUGAAGAAAAGUAUCAAGAAGCGCUCGUGAGAGAAAGAGACAAAUGGCUGGAAGAGCAAGAAAUGGACACGAAGCAGCGGGUUGAAAAGGAAGUGACGCUGGCCAGAGCUCACUGGGACAAGGAGCACAAGGAGAUCAAACGGAAACUCGUCCGACAGCUGGAAGAGGAGUGGCAGGUGAAGCUGGACGAGGCUCGGAGGGCGUCAUCGAGAGAGAAGACCUCAGACUGCGGCAGCCAAACAGACCACACGGCCGCUCUGGGUGUCGUUUCCAAGGCCGAGGUGGCAGCGGGGGGAGAGGAGCAGCAGCGCCAGGGGCAGCAGGACUUAGGGCUCGAGAAGGAGGUGGCCGUCAGGGGGGCUUUGAAGAAACUGGAAAUCGACCUGGAGCUCAAGUACUGUGAGAACAUUGCCAGACAGGUAGAAACAGCUGUGCAAAAUGCUCGCCGUCGAUGGCUGGAAGAACUGCCAGAGCUCCCAGAGUACAAAACACACCUGAGAGCCGAGCGGAAGAAGUGGGAGGAGCAGCAGGAGGCCUCUGUAGCCAAGCGGCUCUCUUUUGCCGUGUCUGAAGCUAAAGAGAAAUGGAAACGUGAGCUUGAAAUUACGAAGAAUAUAAUCCCCGGCACCGGGCAGGAGCUGGAAGAGAAGAUCCGAUCUCUGCAGAGGGAGCUGGAGUUGAAGAGCGAGGAGCUCCCCGUGGCCGUCAGGGCCGAGCUGGCGAAGGCGCGGAGCGAGUGGAACAAAGAGAAGCAAGAAGAAAUCCACAGACUUCAAGAACAAAACGAGCAGGAUUACCGGCAGUUUUUAGACGAUCAUCGGAAUAAAAUUAAUGAGGUGCUUGCGGCAGCUAAAGAAGACUUUUUGAAACAAAAAGCUGAACUGCUUUUUCAGAAAGAGACAGAGUUACAAGCCUGUCUAGACCAGAGCCGGAAGGAGUGGACAAUGCAGGAAGCCAAGCGGAUGCAGCGUGAAAUCCAUCAGUAUGAGGAGGACAUCCUGAUGGCCCUUGGCCUCCUCCUAAGGGACACUCCGGAGGAGGAUGCGAACAGUUCCGAGGACAAGCAGCUUUUGGAAAUCCUGUCAGCUUGUUCUUCCAAGUGGGUGUCUGUGCAGUAUUUUGAGAAACUGAAAGCUGGCAUACGGAAAGCCCUACAAGAUACGCUUUGCUUAUGUAGCAAAGAUGCCAGGCCAGAACGGGAAAAGAGAAGCACGGCUGAACUCUCCACAGGCCCCGCCAGCGAGGGCUGCAGCAGAGGAGACCCCGGGAGCCCUGCGUCCUGGCCCGAACCCCACGCCAAGCCCUCAGCUUUGCCGGAUGCAGCAGCAAGAGCUGAUAAGAAAGAGAUCCUAGACAUUAAAGAUUUGUGCUAUGGACAGUGCUUCCAAGAACUGGAAAAGUCAAAGCAAGAGUGUCAAGACCUGAAAAGGAAACUGGAGAAAAGCUGUAGGCAUCUUCAGCAUUUAGAAAGGAAGCAUCAGGCCGUCGUGGAAAAGAUCGGAGAAGAGAAUACGAAAGUUGUUGAAGAAUUAAUAGAAGAAAACAAUGACAUGAAGAGUAAAUUGGAAGAACUGCGAACGCUCUGUAAAAUGCCACCAAGGUCACAGUCAGAAGGGGCGGUGGAAAGUGCUGGUCAGCCCAGUAAUGAGCAGGCUUUGGAAGAGCUUCGUGGGCAGUACAUUAAAGCUGUGAAGAAAAUUAAGCGUGACAUGCUGCGCUACAUCCAGGAGAGCAAGCAGAGGGCUGCGGAAAUGGUAAAGGAGGAGGUGUUGCGGGAGCGUCAAGAAACCGCCCGAAAGAUGCGUAAAUAUUACUUGAUUUGCCUCCAGCAGAUUUUGCAGGAUGAUGGAAAAGAGGAAGGGGCUGAGAAAAAGAUUAUGAACACCGCUAGCAAACUUGCUACAAUGGCGAAAUUGCUGGAAACGCCAACCUCUCAGAGAACCCAGGGCAAAGUGACACAGCCAGUAGCACUGCCCACGGCUUCAGAGAUGCUGGCCGAAGUUGAAAAAUCAAAAAGAACCGAUGCGAGCCCGACCCCGCCGCGCUGCGCGGAAAGGGACCCGGGCGGUGGACAAGGCGAGAGCGCACCGGCUCGGGCGAAGGGCGCCGCGCGGAGUCUGCACAGGCGGUUGGAGGAUGCCGAGCACAGAGGCGCGGAGCGCACGGGUGUCGGAGGCUCACCGCCAGACUUCCAGUUUGGGGACAGUCCUCGCAAGCACCAGGACAUUUCGCCGAGGACUCUUUCCCCGGAGGUGGUGCCCUGCGAAGGCGGGGGAGGCCUGGCUCUGCCCGGGUCGAGAGAACCGCCGGGCGAUGCAGGCCCCGCCUCGGCUCUGCAGCCCGCUGCUCGCGCGCGCCGCGGGGGCCUUGG